UCCURGUGGUUCCAGAUAGGAUGUGGGAAAUAGUAAAUCUAUGCAGCUAGCUAACAUUGCACAGCUGCCGCGCGACAGACGGCUGGAAACGACGCGGUAAUCUCUUCUGUAGCCCUGCUCUGACCGGGGUCAGAGAUGGCCGCAGACGUUGAUAAAAGAAGCCCCGAGACAGAGCGCGAGACCAGGCAAAAUCAUGGGCACCGGACCACGCCGGUCUCUGGAUCCUGGUUCUGCCGGGGGAUGUGGACCCUGCUGUUGUUCUGCGCGGUGCCGCUGUUAGCCUUUGGGWUAAAGUACUAUCAAGAUGUCCAGCUCUUCAGACGUCACGAAGAGAGUGUUCGAACUCUGGGUGCCGAGGGCGCUUUUCUCUUCUCCUCUUUGGACACCGACCAUGACCUCUAUCUCAGUCCAGAGGAGUUCAAACCCAUAGCAGAGAAGCUCACAGGGAUCACAGCCCCGGUGGGUUUGGAGGAGGAAGAGAUUCAUGACCCAAAUGGAGAGGCUUUGAURUUGGAAGCCAAGAUGCAGGCUCUGCUGCUUGACUCCAUGACGAAAAGCAAGGAUGGUUUUCUUGGAGUUUCUCACAGCUCACUUAGUGGCCUCCGCUCUUGGAAGGGCCCUGCGGUGCCUUCGCUGUCUUUCUUUGCCAGCCAGUUCAGAGUAUUUCUGCCCCCCAAAAAUAAGCUGGAAGUUGGAGACACUUGGUGGGUGAUUCCCAGUGAGUUGAACAUCUUCACUYGAUACCUGCCCAAUAACCGGUACCACCCUCCCGCCCCAAAAGGCAAAGAGGUUCUCAUCCACUCCUUGCUGAGUAUGUUCCACCCUCGGCCCUUCAUCAAYUCACGUUUCGCUCCGCAGGGAACAGUCGCCUGCAUACGUGCCAGCAGCGAGUUUUAUUACGACAUCGUCUUCAGGAUUCACGCAGAGUUCCAGCUCAACGAUGUUCCGAACUUCCCCUUCUGGUUCACCCCGGGACAGUUCACCGGCAACAURGUCCUCUCGAAAGAUGCUUCUCACGUCCGCCACUUCCACCUCUACGUCCCRAAUGAGCGGUCUCUGAACGUGGACAUGGAGUGGCUGUACGGAGCCAGUGAGAGCAGCAACAUGGAGGUAGACAUCGGGUACCUGCCACAGUUGGAGCUGCAGUCGAUAGGCCCAUCCACGCCGUCCACCAUCGUGGAUGAGGAGGGGAAUGUAAUCGACAGUCGUGCCGGCGGCGGCGGCGAGCCGAUCCAGUUUGUUUUUGAGGACAUUCACUGGAGUUCRGAGAUCAGUCAAGAGGAAGCUUUUAGACGCUUGGAGGUGACCCUCUACCCCUUUAAGAAGGUGCCCUACUUUCCUUUUUCAGAGGCUUUUGAGCGAGCUGAGGCAGAGAAGAAGCUGGUGCAUUCAAUCCUGCUCUGGGGAGCUUUAGACGACCAGUCUUGCUGAGGUUCGGGGCGAACUCUCCGGGAGACAGUCCUGGAAAGUUCGCCCGUUCUGGCUCUGCUCAACCAGAGCUUCAUCAGCAGCUGGUCUCUGGUCAAAGAGCUGGAGAGCCUGCAGGCUGACGAGCAGAAACCUGCUCUGAGUAAAAAGGCCCGCCUACACCUGGAAAAUUACAAUUUCCCUGUAGAGAUGAUGGUGGCACUCCCCAAUGGAACCAUUGUCCACCACAUCAAUGCUAACUACUUCCUGGACCAGACAGCCAUGAAACCAGAGGAUGAAGGAGCAGCUUUCAGUUUUUCRGCGGGGUUCGAAGACCCCUCCACGUCCACUUAUAUCAGCUUCCUGAAAGAGGGGCUGGAGAAAGCCAAGGGGUACAUGGCACAGUAACGUGAGACUUUCAACUUCAGAAAGUGACAGUCAUUCCCGACCGAGUACUGAUCCUGGAUGAGAAAAAAAAACACUAUGUAGGAAAACUGUAAUCUGUGUUGGCAGCUGGGAAACAUUUUUUUAUCCUCUGUUCUUAUUUAUUUCAGCAUGUUGGUUAAAAAUUAGGUUUUUAUACAGGUUUUGUAUUCUYAAAGCACCUUUAGACCUAUUCUGUCUUACAGCUGCAGAUUAAUGUAAAAAACAACAACAACAACAGAAUUCUGCCAUGUGACGAUCCAACACAGCCUACCGUCGUUUAUUCUUUCCUGUUCUGUAUUGCAUGAGCACGAGCAGACUUUCCUGCUGUUCUUUGCGCUCUGAGUGGAUGUGUGGUGUCGCUGCCUCCAGCUGUGUCUCUGCCGUUUGUGAAGACUUCCCCUGAAAGCUCCCUCGGAGCAGGGUGACGCCUGAUGUUGCUGCUGAGGCCGCUGGAGGAAACACCYCCCUCCGACUCGAGAGUGGGGACAAACCCAGCAGGAAAAACUGAGCUCGGUUGUUGCACGUAAAGUAUUAUUUUAUAGUUUGUGUGUGAGACUGUGUGUUUAAAAUGUUCUGCCUUUGUGAAUGGAGUCGGAAUGGAGACCACACCAAAGAGUGCAGUUUUUAUUUUUUAUGUUCGGCAGAUACAUUUGUUCCCACUUGCUUUAUAUUUUAUGCAACUAUGAAACAAAUGAUCUGAUUUAACUAUAAAAUCAUUUUAUACUA